AGCGCACAGACUUACAGAAAAACAACAGCGACAAAAUGUCAAAGGAAUAUUUGGAUGAAUCCGAUCCUCUACUCACUAAAAGAUUCAAAUAUUCGAAGCAGUCUAGGUUUCCAAACAAGUCGCUUCUGCUGGCUAUGUUUGCUACAUGCAUAGGAGGAACCUUUCAGUGUGGAUAUAAUAUAUCUGUCAUCAAUGCACCCACAGGGUAUGUGCAAGAUUUCAUCAAUAACACCUGGAUCGACCGCUACAGAACAGAGAUUUCAGAAAAUGCUCUCAUACUCCUCUGGUCCACUUUCGCAUCCAUGUUCAGUGUAGGAGGACUUGUUGGAGUAUCCAUCGGCGGGACAUUGUCUGUGAAGCUGGGGAGGAAAGGGACUGUUCUGGCCAAUAACAUAUUUGCAAUACUGGGUGCUCUGCUGUUGGGCCUGAGCUCAUCUGCAGGAUUAUUUGAGUUGCUAAUCGUUGGACGUCUUCUUUGUGGGAUAAAUGCAGGCAUUGGUUUAUGUGUUGAGCCCAUGUUUUUGGGUGAAAUAGCUCCAACUGCCCUGCGUGGAGCCAUGGGAAUGGGAGUCUCGGUUUACCUCACCCUUGGGAUCUUGGUUGGACAAGUGAUGGGUCUCAAAGAACUCCUGGGUGGAGAAGAAUACUGGCCUAUUCUGCUCGCCAGCACUUGCAUCCCAGCAUUUAUCCAGCUCUUGACCCUUCCCUGGUUCCCAGAGAGCCCACGCUACCUGCUUAUUGACAAAGGAGACGAGGAGGCAUGUAAAAUAGCCUUGAAGCAGCUGCACAAUUCAGAUGACUGGGAGGAUGCUCUGGAUGAUAUCCAGAGAGAGAGGGAUAAUUUGGUUGGUUUCCAGGCAAAGAAACCCUGGGAGCUAUUUGCUGAUCGCAGUUUACGCUGGCAGGUUCUCACCAUCAUCAUUCUCAACUGUGCACAGCAGCUGAACGGCAUCAAUGCUAUAUACUUUUACACAGAUUACAUAUUCCAACAAUCAGGUAUUCCUGCUGAUAAAAUACCGUAUGCAGUUGUUGGCACGGGUGCCUGUGAAUGCCUCACUGCUUUGACAUGUGGUUUCCUCAUUGAAUCUCUGGGGAGGAAAAUGCUCAUCGCAGGAGGGUAUAUACUGAUGAGUAUUUGCUGCAUUUUAUUCACCAUUACACUGGCUUUUCAGGAUGCCAGCCCUGUUGUUCCAUACUUGAGUGUAGUCUGUGUCUUUGCUUUUGUCUUGAGUUUUGGCUUAGGCCCAGGCGGUGUGACCAACAUCUUAACUACCGAGCUGUUCACCCAGACUGCCCGCCCUGCAGCCUUCAUGAUUGGGGGAUCUGUGAAUUGGCUCAGCUUUUCCCUUAUUGGCUUGGUCUUCCCGUUCAUUGUGAUCGAGCUGCAACAUUAUUGUUUCCUGGUGUUCUGCUUCGUCUGCAUUACUGUGGCAUCGUACAUCGUGUUCGUUGUCCCUGAAACCAAGAACAAAAGCUUCGUGGAGAUCCAGGACGAGUUUGAAUCCUCCAGGAAGAGAAAAGACAGCAGCUCUGAAAAAACAGGGGCAUUACUCCUGUCAACUUGUUUAUGAAAUGCACCUGAGUCCUCAAUAUUUCCACAAAGAUGAGCAAUAAGGUUUUUCCUUAGUAACAUAGUUUGAUAAAGAAUUGUGCACAACGUUUAUGAGCUUUAGGAGAUUGGUUUGUUGUUGUCUGUUUAAAUGGUCUGUAAACAUGAGCUGAUGUGAUUAAUGUAUAACAGUAUUUUGAAUGGUAGUUUGAACAACAGGCCUUAUAAAUAAAGGUUGUCCUAUUGAGUCUUUUCCAAUAGUGAUCAUUUUGGGUGGAAAAAGCGAACUUUGCAUCCUGUUUAAUCUUUUUUUUUUCUUUUUCUGGGGUAUGAGCCACACUUGUUUUAAAGAAACGGAAAAGAAAAGAGUAGUAGCAAUAGUAACAACAGUGAAUAGGAAUGUACUAGAUCUAGAGACUUUGGAUAAACUACCCCUCAGGACUUACAGGUUUCCUGAACAAGAUCUAACACAACAUUAGUUUGAGUACAUGUACUGAUGAUAAGAUAAAAACUCUGAGAUGAACUGAAUUAAAAGUUGUUUGACACAAAUUCCCAACUUGUUAGUGGCAUUUAUCCAUUUUCUAUAUCAAUUUACAGUAAUCCUGUACAGGGUCGCGGGGGUCUGCUGGAGUCUAUCACAGCUCAUUACAGGAGAAAGGCCGGGGUCUUGUUUGUGGCAUACUCUGUAGAAUUUUAUUUGUACCAAAAAUGAAAGUAAUCUCAUCAAGAUUAAAAUUUGCUCAGUA